CAAUUUGUGGCGGUUCUGCAGCAGACUACGUGGCAAAUUGCCGACCCACCGUUUUUGACUUUUUUGUGCGAACAUGGAAAGCGAAGAUGCACUGCUUAAACUUGUGUUUAAUGGGGAUGAUUUCAAAGUCCUUCCUGAGAGAUUGUCAGAGCUCAACCUGACGACCAAUGAUGCCAGUCAAUAUUUGAAGCAGAUAAGUUCAUUGGGAUUAAAGAAUCUGGGUAAAGAAGUUAACAGAAUAGCAGAAGAAAAAACAUCCAUCAUCAACCAAACACAGGAGCUUGCCUUUCAGGAAUAUCCAACAUUCAUCGAGACAGCCCAAUGCACACAAGAUAUUUUUCAAAACUUUCAAAAAGUGAACCAGAGUACCGAAAAGUUAACUUCCGGUCUGACAACCCUAAAAGAAAAAUGCUUGGAGUUUUCUCAGACAGCUCAGUCUCUGAGCGCUGCCAGACGACUGACGAGUCUAGCCCUAUCACGACAUACACAGCUACUAGAAAUACUCGAACUUCCACAACUGAUGGAUACCUGUGUUCGCAACGGAUAUUGGGAAGAGGCCCUUGAACUCGCUUCUUACGUCGCUCGCUUAGAGCGCAAGUUAGGAUACAUCCCUCUGAUUGUGAAAGUAGCACAGGAGGUUCAGUCAUGUACGCGAUUAAUGCUGAGUCAGCUAAUAGCCCAGCUAAGGAUGCCAGCUCAACUCCCCCACUGUUUGAAAGUAGUGGGCUAUUUGCGGCGUAUGGGUGUCUUCUCUGAAGAGGAAAUCCGUCUCAAGUUUCUUCAAGCGAGGGAUUCUUGGUUCAAAUCUACGUUGGACGAAAUUCCAAAAGAAGAUGCUUAUCAGCAUGUUUUAAAAACGGUUGAAUUGAGUCGUGUCCAUCUGUUUGACAUUGCCACGCAAUACCGCGCCAUAUUUACCGAUGAAGAUCCUUUGGUGCUGGCCAAUCAAGAUCCCAACACUAACGAAUCCGCCAUCUAUUAUUCGUGGAUCAUUCAAAAGAUAACGGAUUUCUUGGGGGCACUUCAAUGCGACCUGCCUAAAGUCUCGCCAUCUUCUCUAGAAUCCGUGUUUGGCCAGUGCAUGUACUUUGGCCUCAGUUUUGGCCGCAUAGGUUCCGACUUCCGCUCUCUCUUAGUCCCCCUCUUUUCUCAAGUGGUCUACGAUCGAUUCGACCAUUCCGCUAACAAGUCUGAGGCGCAGUUCGCCGAGGCCAUGGCUAGCUUUAGCCUCACUCGCACCGGUUCAUUUGGGAGUAGUGCUAGUUAUUCGUACAUUCAAACACCUCCGUCCUCGGCCGAUCAAGUCCAACCACCUUACGCCCUAAUGAAAUUUUCUCCCGUGGCUGAGCUGUGCAACGGGUUGAUUGCCGCCUUCAACGAGUUACGCAUGUGCGCCCCUGUUCAACUGGUAGACCCAGUGGCCCGCAAAUUAGAGCGCACUCUUUGCAAUUGCUCUCAAAUUAUGGCAGAUUUUCACCGCCAAGAGAAGGGGGCUUUUACAGUCAAUGAGGAGCUGGAGUUCACCAAGUGUCUCCAGCUGUACCGCAACGAAUUUUUAUCGUACGUUCAGAAGAUUCUCCAAUUGAUGUUUUCGCCAGCGUUGAUCUCUGCCCAGACUGGAUUCCCAACAGGCGAAAUAGUGAAACAAGAAGUCUGCUGCCUUAACAAGAGUUUAAUUCUCACUCCCAUCGAUCACUUGCAUGCAAAAGAAGAACCCCUCAUACUUCCAGAAUUAGCUUUAAUACCUACAUCAUCGCCAUCUCUGACGGCGAAUCAGCCAGUACAAGAGCCAGAGGCAACCACUGAGUCAAUCCAACCAUCAAAUUCCGAUCGACCUAUGGAUAAUGGAACUCUAGAUGAAGAAAUACUGCCCGCAACAGAUGCUGUAGUUACAGGAUUUGAAGAUGAGAUCAAACUUGAACCUGUUUCCGAACCUAAAGUUGAAACUCAACCCGAAGCUGAGACUGCGCAUGAAGUUGCACCAGAACUUGAUCCAGUUGUUAAUAAUGAUUUAGAAGCCAAGCCGGAACAGGAGACAGAAGAUCAACAACCUAUAGAGUCGACUGAAUGUCCUUCUGAAAUGCCGAUCCUUCCAGAGAGAAAUGUCGAGUCUAACGUUGAAUUAAAGCCCGAGCUUGCGAGUGACAUUUUAGUGGAAACUGAUUCAACUGAUAAUCGUGACGCAUUACAGGUGACAAAUCAAGAUUCCGCCUUGGAGUUGGCAGAACCAGUAGUAGAACCAGUAAUGCCACUUCAUUCAGAAGAAAAUGAUGAGUUAAAUCAAUUGACUACAGGGAAUGACAAUGAAGAGUUUGUUAGUUGAACCAAUUGUCCCCAAUAUGUUUUAUUAUAAAAAUCUAUUGUUAUUUACUUUAUUGUAUACCAUGAAUUUCCUGUGAUCAAUCAAAGUUGCUAAAAAGCUAA